AUGGACACCUCUCCCUUCAUCCAGCAAGUGCUCGAGCGGAGCCCCUACGACCACUAUCAACUGCAAAAAUGUCUGGGUUUGGAAACUUGUGAUGCGAGAAGUGGAUGAUAGCCGGACUGCAAUACGCAGCCCAGCAUGACAAAUUUUUGAGCUGCUAUGUGUUGCGUAUUCCGCAUGAGAAACUUCGUUUUUCCAUGACAGAUAGGCGAGGCUUUUCCGAUGCCUCUAUGCAUCACAGAUUCUCGAGUCAUGUCAGACAUGCAGGACAAAUGUAAGAAUCUUCCAGACCCAGACUACAUAUUUGCAGUUCAUAACCACCACUCCGACGCAAGAGCACCAGGACAAAAAACUACAGAACCAACGUCCUCUAGUUCUUCCGCGCUCGGAGCAGGAGCUCCUUUCGGGACGACGAGGCCGCCACGACCUGCUCUCACGGUCGCGGAACGGAUGGCGCAGACGGCGCAGCUGGUCGAAGAGGUUGCGCUCACCUCCGGAAUAUUAACUGAAGAACUACCCGGGCAGCAGCUUCUAUGGAAGCGUCAGGUUUGAAAUCAACAAAGUUGAAACGAUUUGUGAUGCAUGAAAUGGAUACCAGUUGGAAGCCCAAUUUCUAGGCCGCGCAUGACAAAUUUCGAUACCGUCUAAAUCCAGUUUGUCAUGCUGGUUAGCGAAAGAAGGCGUCCUUUGUCAUGCUACGUUCGCAGCUCUAUCCCAAACCCGAAAUAGGCUCACAAUCCGCCUCAUUUGCAAUCUCUGCAAGACACUCGCUUCGUGCCUUGCAUUUUAUGCAUGACAGAUUAUUUCAACUUUGUCGAUUUCAAUCCUGACACUUCCAUAGCUUCCAGGUAGUAGUACAACAACUCGUGGUCGUGCAAUUGACGAUAGGAAGAGCAGUCACACAGGCUCCACGAGGAAAAAAGCACCUGUUAGUAGUACCCAAAGUCGAAACUUGACCCUCGCACGGGGCAGAGUCUUCCCGUUAAUAUUAGACGACCGAGCGGGUGGAUCAAUUUCACCCGCCACCCGGACGAGCCGCGCCGCGUCCUCGGGCAACGCAAAAUACGACAACUUUUCCCGGAACUACGAAUUUGACCCAGCAAGGAGAAUCCCGCAUUUGCUCCUUCCGACGAGAAAGAGGAGUAGUUCCAACAUGAUGUUGUCCAAAGGUACUAGAAAUUUCCGCACCGAUACCGAACAAGACCUGUUACAACUCCCUUCCGACCCGGACGUGUUUUUAGACCAGAAGAUUAUGCACUUCAUCCGAAAAAAGCCGACCGAGUUCCCGGUGAGUGGCAAAAUGUACGCCGCACAUUUCAAAACCGCAUAUCUGGUGAAGCAGUACGACGAUUUUUUCGAGAAAUGCAGUAGGAACGACGCGGACCUGCGGUUUUUGAAAAGGGUAAACAGCACGCAGGAGUUGGCAGAAUAUAAGUCGCCGAUUGAGAAGCACUACGCAGAAAGUAUCAUGGGGGAAAUCGCGCAGCACCGGGAAGAGGUUGCGAAACGAGGACACGCGAGCCACGGGUAAGGAACAUAUCUAUUGCAAAGAAGCGACCUUCGUGGCACUGUUGAACGAUUCUCUCUUUGUCUGAAAAUUUUUGAAAUUGGCCUCGCAUAUUAAACCCUCAACCCUAGUAAACCCUCGCAUGAUAAGUAAACCCGAAAUCCAAAAUCAGCUCCUCCACUGUCUUUCGCCCGGGUUUCAAGCCGCUUUCCCACGGCACUCACAAGUGGACUCCGGCCAAGACGGGUACUCUACCCAAAUCCCCUUCAACCAGUGGAGGAUAUUACUAUCAACUGCAAAUAUGUCUGGGUCUGGAAGAGCCUGAGUUUGUCAUGCACAUUUUGUAUAAAUCCAUGACACCUGUGAUCUAUGCUCUAGCAUCACAGAUUUAAUCUGUGGCCUUUUUGAUGCCUAUCCCGCAUGAGAAAUUCCAUCUCCGCGUAGCAAAAACUGGAACCGUCUUCCUGAUCAUGCAAGACAAACUUUUUUAGAAUCCAAAGACAGCAUCACAGGUUGUAUCCUUCCGGACCCAGACAUAUUUGCAAUGCAUAAUUACCACAAGGCGGCAACUUACCGAAGCGGGCCGGGUACCGGCUACCAGUUUUCCCCGGCGAGCUUGUUCGAGGCGGGCGGGCGGACGUUUGACAGGAUAGUAGGAUCAUCUUUCUCAUCAUCCAAACGCCACGGCCUCGACGUGCGAAAAGUGGACGGCAAUCAGAGAUUCGCGUAUUCCGAUAUAGCAGUUCCAGAUAAAGAAAGAAACAUAGCAGGAGUCCUCGACGGCCUUGACCUCGACCUUCAUCCGCAUUACCAGUCCAAGGCGCGGAAAGGUGAAAGCCUCAACUAUGGGAGUGCACAACUCCCCCUCCCCCUCAUUUGUCAUGCAAAAUGCCAAGUCCAACCUUUGCCCUGUGGCGCUCCUUGCAUGACAGAUUCCCGAAGCCGAAACAGCACUAGAACCGAUCGCGAAUUUGUAAUGCAAAGCGUGCAUCUGUGUCAGCACUUGUGUUGCUGUGCGUGCCAAUUAAAUGAGGGGGAGGGGGAGUUGCGCACUCUCAUAUCAACCCGCCGGUUUCUAAAGACUACCAGCUGGAUCGGUUUUUUGUUAUGCAUUGCAAAAGUAUCGUACUUAUCAAAUGUAAAAAUGUCUGGGUCUGGAAGAAUGCAACUUGUCAUGCUGUCUCUGCAUUCUAAAAAAAUCUGUAUUGCACGACCAGCAAGAAGGGUCCAGUUUGUGCUACAUGGAGAGGGUAUUUCUCAUGCGGGAUAGGCAUCAGAAAGCUUGCUAAAAAUCUGUGAUGCCAGGCGAUGCAUUACAGACGUCAUAUGUCAUGUAAAAUCUGCAUGACAAGUCUAGCACUCUUCCAGACCCAGACAUUUUUACAUUUGAUAGUACUCGUAUAAAUGCAUGUGUAUCAGUUCAACAGGGCCCGCGGUUCAACAAUGUACCUACCAGUUCAAUACCGCCCCGGGGCCUAAAUAUCCUAGAAC